AUGGUUUCUUUACGCCCACCCAAGACCACGCAAAAGAUUGUACCUGUCAAACCACCAAAAGGCCACUUCUUCUUUGCUGGCCGCAUCUUUGAACGUCUACCAUGGUGGAAGCGUCCGAAUUUACGCAAACUCUACCUCUACAUUGUCAUUCUUAUCAUGACAAACACUGCCAAUGGAUUUGAUGGAUCCAUGAUGAACGGUCUCCAAUCCCUCUCCUACUGGCAAAACUACUUUGGUGAGCCCCGGGGGGCCAUGCUCGGUUUCUUCAACUCGUCAAUGUCACUCGGCUCGCUCAUCGGCCUCUUCUUCACACCCUAUCUGAUUGACUGGAAAGGUAGGAAGAUCGGCGUGGCUAUUGGGUGCUGCAUCAUGUUGGUUGCAGUAGCGCUUCAGACAGGUGCACAGGACAUUGGCAUGUUCAUCGCUGCGCGAUUGAUCCUGGGUUUCGGCGAUACCAUUGUGCUAGGCUCAGCACCGCUGUUGAUCGCCGAGAUUGCGCACCCACAGGACCGUGCUGUACUCGUCACACUUUCUGGUGCGAGCUACCACUCCGGAGCUUUCAUUGCAUCAUGGGUGACUUACGGAACGCUGAAGCUCCAGGUAAAGUUGAAAACUUCUGAGCGACUGGUCCUGGCGUCUCCCUUCCCUUCUGCAAUCAAUCUGCUCUCUAAUCAUUCUCGGCUUCAUCUUCUUCAUGCCCGAAUCCCCACGUUGCUCUGCAACAAAGACCGCCACGAAGAAGCCCUCGCCAUAUUCACACACUGGCACGGCGAAGGUGACGUCGAUGAUGAAUUCAUCCAGCUCGAAUACGCCGAAGUACGCGCUGCCAUCGAAUUCGACAAGAAACAAGGCAAAAACUCUUGGGCCGACUUCCUCAAAACAAAGGGCAACCGCAAGCGAAUCACCAUCAUCACUGCCAUUGGUUUCUUCAGCCAAUGGAGUGGAAACGGUCUAAUCUCAUAUUACCUGAAAUAUGUAAUGGACAACGUAGGUCUCACGAACCCGCAGACCCAACUCGGCAUCAACGGCGGCAUGAAGACACUAGCGUUGGUGGAGAACUUUACUUUCUCCUUCCUCGUUGACAAGCUGGGUCGCCGUCCCAUCUACCUCAUCUCGACAAUCGGUACAUUUGUCAUGUUCAACAUCUUCACCAUUAUAUCUGCGCGCUACGCCAUUGCGCCCCGGCCUGCUCUCGGUAAAGGCUUCAUUGCUAGUAUCUUCCUCUACGGCGUCUUCUACGACGUAAAAGCCGGAAUAAUGGCCGGCUACACCACGGAAAUCCUCCCUUACGGCCUGCGUGCCAAGGGCUUCACCUGGCUCAACUUCUGCGUCACAGCCGCCUUAUUCUUCAACCAGUUUGUCAACGGCAUCGCGCUCGAUGCGCUGGCGUGGAAGUACUAUAUCGUGUACUGCGUGUUUCUCGCGUUUGAGAUUGGCGUUAUUUACUUUUGUAUUGUCGAAACGAGGUAUACGCCUAUGGAGGAAAUUGCAAAGUUCUUUGAUGGGGAUGAUGCGGUUGAUGUUGGGGAGCAGGCACUGCAGGAUAUGAAGGAGAGGGGCAAGGGCAUUGGUGAGAAACAGGCGGUGGUGGAGCAUAUUGAGGUUACAGAUAAGGUUUGA